CUGAGCUCAAAUACUUCAUUUUCAGUAAGAUUGAAUCGGAUUAUCACGCCAUACGAAUUUUAAAAUAGGAUACAGAUAUUCCUGGGGAUAUACGUCCAGCUGUGGAACAGCCCAUCGAUAACGAGCUUGUAUUGAUAAAAGUAACAGAUUUUAUGAAUAACCCGCGAUGUGAUGGAUUCCCAGACAACAGAAGAGGCUUUAUACUUGAAGUUAUUUCCAGCCUUCAUUGCCACUAAUCUUAUGUAACACUGAUUUUUAAAGUUCUGAAAUAAUAUGCGAGUUUCCCGGGAAAAUCUGGAAUACACAAUCGUUUAGAGGGGCAGGCGAACAAAAACACCUAAUUAUUCAUAGGAAUAAUUCUGAGAAAAAAUAAACGGGAAGAUAAUAUUCCACCCAGUUGAUUAAUUGUCGCUAAUAAAACAAACUUCAAAAGUGCAUACGAUAAACCUAACGAUGCAACGUCCGAAGAGGAAUGUCAAUGUCGUUGAAACGGAGAAACUUAUUAGAUUCUAAAGUGAAUUAAUAGGCGGGGAAUGUUAAUUGUGUAGCAUGAUUAACAAAAAAUAAAAGCUGCAUGGCUGAUUGGAAGUUAAGAUUGGAGAACGCUAUUGGAAUAAUAACGAUAAGAAACAAUCCUGUUUCGACAACUUCAAGUGGAUUAUACCCAAAGUAGUGCAAAUACGAGAUGAGGUCAAAUGCUGUUUUAGCUGUGCUUCUGAUGAUCGUACAAGGUUGUGUGGGUAACCCAGAUGCAAAAAGACUAUAUGAUGAUUUACUAAGGAAGAGCGGCUACAAUAAGUUGAUUCGACCAGUGUUGAACAAUUCGAACACGUUGACGGUGGAGUUGGGGCUCAGACUCUCCCAAGUCAUCGACGUAGAUGAGAAAAAUCAGAUCAUGACCACCAACGUUUGGUUAAGGCAGGAGUGGGAUGAUUAUAAACUGCAUUGGGAUCCAAAGGAAUAUGGCGGAGUGGACAGAUUGUAUGUUCCAUCUACAGAAAUAUGGCUACCAGAUAUCGUUCUGUACAAUAAUGCAGAUGGUAAUUACGAAGUCACGUUAAUGACUAAAGCUACCCUGUACCCCCAAGGGCGUGUAAAAUGGGAACCACCCGCCAUCUAUAAAAGCUCGUGUGAAAUUAACGUAGAAUUUUUCCCAUUUGACGAGCAAAUAUGCAAAAUGAAGUUUGGCUCCUGGACUUAUGAUGGAUACCAGGUUGACCUGGUGCAUAUUGGCCAAGGAAAGAAUGAAGAUGGUGAGGAAGAAGACCAGAUGGAAAGAGGAGUUGACUUGAGGGAUUACUACCGUAGUGUUGAAUGGGACUUACUGGCAGUGCCCGCAAGAAGGAAGGAGAAAUACUACCCCUGUUGCUCUGAGCCAUACCCGGAUAUUACAUUUACCGUCGAGAUGCGCCGCAAAACCUUAUUUUAUACUGUGAAUCUUAUCAUCCCUUGUGUUGCUAUUUCCUUCCUCACUGUAUUAGUAUUCUAUCUGCCUUCUAACAGCGGUGAGAAAAUUACUUUGUGUAUCUCCAUCCUUCUUUCCUUGACUGUAUUCUUCCUGCUGCUUGCCGAGAUCAUUCCACCGACAUCUCUAGUGGUGCCACUGAUCGGCAAGUACUUACUCUUCACUAUGAUUCUAGUCACCCUCAGCAUCAUAGUAACUGUAGUCGUACUUAAUGUGCAUUUCCGGGCACCAUCGACGCAUGUUAUGUCUCCAUGGGUGAGAAAAGUCUUCCUGAAUAUUCUUCCUCGUCUACUGAUCAUGCGUAGACCAAACCUAGAAAAAAACAAAGCACCAAAAGUGAUGGUACGUACGUGUAAUGGGAUAGAGGUUAGAGACACCUUCAAUGAGAUGAGGCGGGACAACUUCACGUUCGCCAACACACCCGACGAGAUGGAUGUUUUAGAGGCAGAGAUGAACGCGGCGCCAGGGUUGCGUUUAAGGCACCCAGACCCUUCUAUUAACAAGGCAAUAGAGGGAGUGAACUAUAUUGCUACACAUUUAAAAGAAGAAGAUGAAAAUGAUCAGAUUAUGGAGGAUUGGAAGUACGUGGCCUUAGUGCUGGAUAGACUCUUCCUUUGGAUUUUUACAACUGCUUGUAUUGUUGGCACUUUUGGGAUCAUUCUGCAAGCCCCGACACUUUACGAUGACCGAGAACCGAUCUCACUUGAGUCCAACUGCAAUCCCGAUCUUGCUGACUCAACAUGUUAACACGAUUAAACCAUUUAUAUAUGAAUUAAAUAUCCAAAUUAAAAACAUAACAUAACACAGUGAUAAUAAUCUGGAUAGGAUACGACACGGAUAUGCAAAUAUGCUCACUAUAAUAGACCAUAGAGAUUUAUGGUUCCUGGUUCGAACCCAGUAGUUGAAGAUAGUGAUAUUAGUUAAACUUACACGUUUUAGAUGUUAUGGCUAUAUUGUUGAUUGGAUGUGAGUUAUUAUUCAGCCAUACCACCUAACACUGUCAUUGACAUAGUUGAUGAUAUUUAUGAACUGUGAUAAUGAUACCCUUUUGUUCAUAUACACUAUGAACAUAUGAAUAAUAUAGACAGGGUAAAAAUGAACCACAUGAAGUGCUUCCCAUUGUACAUUUGAUGAUAUUUGUAUAUAUUUGACUUCUUAUGCUAAAAUUAAAUGAAUUUAAAAACAAUUGUUUUUUUGUUUGCAGUAUAGCAC